AACUCUUACUUAAUAGAUUUGAUCGAUGAUGAAUUUAUGUUCGCUUCACAUGACUCUUUACAAGUUCAAUCUGGCAGUCUUGAAGACGACAGUGAUUGUUUUGAUGGUUUAUCUGUGAAUGAAAAUUCAUCAGUCGAGGUUCAGCACCUUAUCUCAAAAAUGGCAAAUGUGAACCAUCGUCUUUUUGAAUACAGUAUUGUUAACCUCUCCGAAAAAAAUCUCGUAGACCCAAUGGAACCAUCAACUGAAGAAAAGUUGAAUACAGUGCGAAAAUCAAAAUGGGAAAAGAGCAUUAAGCCACUAGUUGACAAGUAUGCAUCUGCCAUUGAAAUUAAGUCCGUUUUUGAUGACGAAAUUCAGACACUAUCAACAGAAGUUAUUUUUGAGAAGCCGUUCGAGGGAAAGUUUGACUUUAGAACACAUUAUGAUCUAUUAUGGGUACAGGACAUUUAUCGACGAUUUGUGUCAUGUUCCAAUAUACUUCGUGAUGUGACUAUGUCAGAGAUAGCCUACAGAGAAUCAUUUGUUAAUCCCAUAAUUCCCAAGGCAUUCGACGAUAUUAAAGACAAGAUUAGGUUUCAAACUGGAGAGAUAGAGAGCACAUUGCGUAAAGAACAUCGAAAUCAGACAAAUGACCAAAAACCUCGGAUAUUGCUUGGUUCAAAUUAUGACGGGAUUCUAAGAAUUUACGUGAACGCAAAUGAAAUAGAGAUUGGAUUUUUAGAAGUUGUAGGGAAUGCGUCGGUUGUGGAUCUUAAAAAAUAUCGCGAAGAUAGGGAGAAAUUAUUAAAGGCGAUGCAGUUGUCGAUCUUUUAUCAACGACAGCACCAUCUACGUCGUAAUGCUCCAGAAGAACAGCUUGGAUGCCUUCAAAGUUUUGGUGUAUUAGUUAAAAGCCAGUUAUAUGUACUAGAUGAAAUAGUUAGAAAAGCUUAUUUUUUUAAAAGUCGGGUUAUGGACUAUUACUUAAAGAUACAAGAAAUCUCAAAAAAGGCACAACAAUACACUCCAUCAAAUGAAAAUCCGUUAGAAGCAUCACCAUCCAAAAACACUAG